CCCAAAUGUUUGCCCCAAACGACUCUCCCCUUCAGUCCGAGUUGUCUUUUGUUUCCGAGUGACAGAAUCACAUGUGGCGCUGGAUUGCUUUGAUGCGAUUUUUAAUUCUUUCUGCAAGGUGACGUUUGAUGCUUGGAGAAUCAUGCGGCCCUCCACCUGGCUGGCUAUGCUCCGGAGCUCAUCUUGAGGCGCUGCUUCGGUUUCCAGUCUCCUCCCGGGACGUUGAGGAUGUGAGGCCACCGCAACCCAGGGGCGCACUUGGACACAGCACUUCCGCGCAGACCCGGCGAUCGGGCUCCUCUCCGACCGCCUGCAACCGUAUGCGAAGCUCGGAUUUAGAAGGCCGGCUGCUCCCACAAUCCCUGCACUUCCCUUCCCCUCCCUCGGACGCCAAGCGUGAGCCCGAUGCAGAAGACUCCUGUGCAGCAGCUGAGGCUGAGGGAUGUUUGAAGUUAAACCCAUGAAUGUGGAGAAUAAAGACCCAGGGACCAUCGCAGAUGAGGGAUGUAAGGAGCCCGAAAUGGAGCUGGUGAGCCUACUUGAGGACCAGCUGCCCCACUACCGCCUGCGGGCCGACUCUCUGUACCUGUAUGACAGCCAGGACUGGGUGCAGUCGCCCACCUACUCCCCCGACGACGCCUCCAGCUCCAUCUCGCCCGUCUUGGCCGAGGAGACCUUCAGAUACAUGACUUAUCUUGCGUUGGAACCCACCUCCUUUGCCCACCCUGGGUCCCAAAGUGCCUGCCAAGUUCUCAGCUCAGACAGGGUGGAACAGAUGACAAAAACCUACAAUGACAUCGACAUGGUUACACAUCUCCUGGCUGAGAGAGAUCGGGACCUGGAGCUGGCGGCCAGGAUAGGCCAGUCUCUCCUCCAGCGCAACCACGUCCUGCAGGAGCGCAACGAGGCCCUGGAGGAGCAGCUGGCGCAGGCCUUCGACCAGGUUCACCAGCUGCAGCACGAGUUGUCCAAAAAGGACGAGCUACUGCGCAUCGUAGCCAGCGCGUCGGAGGAGAGUGAGACGGACUCCAGCUGCUCCACUCCGCUGCGCCACAACGAGUCCUUCAGCCUGGCUCAUGGGCUCAGCCAGCUGGAGGCGCUGCAGAGCAAACUGCACGACCUGGAGGAGGAGAACCUGGCCCUGCGCUCACAGGCUUGCCACUUAAAGACUGAGACCAUCACAUAUGAGGAGAAAGAGCAGCAGUUGGUCAGCGACUGUGUGAAAGAACUCAGGGAGUCUAACAGCCAGAUGGUGGCGAUGACGGAGGAGCUUGGGUUACCAGUUUAUACUGUGCACUCUUGUGACGAUGAUCUCGGUGAAAAAUGUAGCAUGUUGUUAAAUGUAUGUCCUUUAUGCUUGUGUUUUCUGCAGUUGGCGAUUGAAAAAGAAGAGCUAAAAAUUCAUCUGCAGGCUUCCAAAGAUGCUCAGCGGCAGCUCACAGCAGAACUCCAUGAGCUUCAGGAUCGGAACGCAGAGUGCCUGGGGAUGCUCCAGGAAUCCCAGGAAGAGAUGAAGGAGCUCAGGAGCAAGUCCGCCCCCAGCUCAGCCAUGCGCUGUCACCAGUCCUAUGGGCUCUUUCCUAUGGACUCUUUAGCUGCUGAAAUUGAAGUAACUAUGCGAAGAGAGUUGAGUGUGGAGGAAGAAAACGUCUUUUAUGACCAAAGGAACACGCAGAAACGGGUGUUUGAGACGGUCAAGACGGUAAAUGAGUCGGUUCGCGCUCACUCUGCUGUGGUACUUCCUCCACUUCCCAUCCCUGGAUCGAACCAAAGUGGCGUCGUCAUGACUGCUCAGCCCUUCCUGUCCGGGGUACAGCCCGUCAGACACCAGAACCGCACUGAACCACCAACAGACAGUCCCAGGGACGGCAGCAGGAUGGGGCAGCCGGGGACCCCCGGCAGCAGCGACCUGGCGGCAGCCCUGCGCCGCCUCUCCCUGCGCCGGGAGAACUACCUGUGCGAGCGGCAGUUCUUCGAGGACGAGCGGGAGAGGAAGCUGAGGGCCCUGUCGGGGGCCGGGGGCAGCGGCCGCAGCUCCCCCACCGGCAGCGUCUUCUCCACGGGCACCAGCUUCACCGACCUGUCGGGCAGCUCCAGCUGCUUCAAGACCUUCCUGCCUGAGAAACUGCAGAUAGUUAAGCCCAUAGAAGGCUCUCUGACGUUGCACCACUGGCAGCAGCUGGCCCAGCCCCACCUGGCCACCAUCCUGGAUACUCGGCCUGGUGUGGUGACCAAAGGCUUCACACCCCUGCCCGAGGACGCUGUCUACCGCCUCUCGGACCUCGAGGAGGAUGACGAGGACAACCCGCGGCCGAGAGCCGCGGAGGAUGAGGAGGAAGGCGGGAUCACUUUCCAGGUGCAGCGCUCCUCCACCCCAGAGGCCAGGAAGCCGGACCCUCCGGAGGAGAGCUCUCCUCCUCCCAGCGUCUUCCUGCCCCAGACUCAGAUCCUUGGCACACCCGUGACCCCUGCCCCCAACCCAGGGAAAUGUCUGAGCUCCACCUUCUCCACUUACACCUUUACAACCUGUCGGAUUCUCCACCCAUCUGAUGUCACUCAGGUCACACCAAGCUCUAUGUAUGUCCCUGUGCCCAAUGGAGAAAACACUCCCAGCUCCCUGAGAACAGGACCCAGCACACCGGUCACCCCCUGCCGCCUCAGCUUGGGAGAGGCCUUCACCCACGGCCACAACGCCACCGUCACUCGUGGACUGGCCAAACUUCUGCAGGAGAAGGGUAUCUCCGCCCAGGUGUACAGCAGCCCCGUCUCCGAGUCCCCCCCAGGCCAGAGUCCCCGAAAGACACGUUUCCCCCCCUCUACCCCUCCCAACUCUCCCUCCCGCUCCCCGGCUUCGUCCCCGGUGCCCUUUGAGACGCGCCCCGGCGCCGAAAACUUCCUGGCCUCGCGGCCCGCGGAGAUCUUCCUCCAGGAGGUGUACGGCCUUAAACCCGGCCGAGUUCGGCCCGACCCGGCGCAGAACAGAGUCAACCUGGUGGAGCGCCUUAAGAGGCUGGGCUUUGCCAAGGUGCUCAGGGGGGACGCGGAGGGGGGACUCCGGCGGCAGGAGUCGGCCCACUUCGUCACGGCCGGCGGCGGUAGCCUCCUAGACGGGCUGAGGAGGAAUCAGAGCCUUCCAGCUAUGAUCGGGGGAUUGGGUCCCCCAGCAAGCGGCACCCCCUCCCAUCCAGCCUCCCUCCCGAUUCCACCAGUGCGGAGCCUGAAGGAAAAGCGUAGCGCGGAGGUGAAGCCGCCGUCCAUACGGGCCUCACAGGACACCCCGGAGCCCCUGAGGACUGAACAGAAACUGUAAAACGCCGGAAAACAGAAGGGAAAGUGGUAAAGGAAAAGAUGGUGGGCGUUAAAAACUUGGAUUGACGCUUGAUAUGUCUACCUCUCUCCUUUUCCAGCCACCACCAAAAACUGUCAGUCUAUGAAUUUGAGCCAGAAAAUAGCACAGCAUUCGCCCGUGGUUUCAUAUCUGAGCAAAAAAGCUAGUAACCUUUUUUGGAAUUGGAAACUGAAAAAGUACCAAAUGCUUUCUGAAAGCAAGGGUUAAAUACAAGCUGGUACUUGGUGUGGGGGCUGGGGCUGUGACGGUCCUUGUGAAAGUGAUGUGGGUUUUUUUUUUAUCAGAGUUGUCUGCAGUGCGCGCUGAGAGAUGUACUCUGUUGCUGUUGAGGGUGUGAGGAAGUCGCAGAGGGUGAGAGAGAGACGGAAAGAGGGUUUUAAGGUGAAGAGAAUGAGAUGGGGAGCAGGCUGGAUGAGUAUGAAGGGUGUAGAGGGAACUAAGAUGAGGUUUUUGUGUCGAGAGGAACAGAGCACAGCCCCCACUUCAUAAACAGCCAGUUGGAGCUGUUUUGCAACAGCAAUGCACUAUUGUUACCUGCAUAAGCCACUGUUAUUUUGGCAGUCUCUUAUGCAGCUGUAUCAUAUAACCAUAGUAUUGGCAGAAAACACUAGAGCAGAGCAGUAAAAUGAAUUUAAUUAACAAAGCACACUUCUGGCAAAAACGUUUCUGACUGUUAGAUUUUUGCUUCUUCAAGUUUUAAGCUCAGGGCUCCAAAAGACUACAAAGCUUCCUUAUUUUAUUAUUUUACUAUUAUUUUGAACUGCAAAAUCGUAUUUUGCCUCUUUUGUUUUGCUUAGAAAUGUUUUUUUUUUUAAUAAAACCAAAUCUGUUUAUUGUCAAGCAGUUUGAGGGCAAUCACAAAUUUACUCAAAUGACGUACAGUAAGAGAGAGUUACUUGGAUAGCGGGCAGUGAGUAGUUAAAGAUGCCAGUAUUUUCUUUUAGAUGUCCCAUAGGAAGCUGAAACUUUUAGGUGAAGUGGACAGCAAAGGGCCUAGCAGUGUUAACCUUCAAAACUGAAUGUAUGGAAGAGAUUCUGUUUUCUUCUUAGGUUUUGACAUUCAUGCAGGGGUUGCCGUUUUGUACAGUUUAAGAAAAUGGAAAAGCUUUUCUGUGCUCAUUUAUCUAGAGGAAAGAUUCAGUACCUUGGAUUGUUUUUUUUUUUCCUUUGUGCAAUAACGUGGAGCCCAUUUAUUUACUGGUGUUCUACGACAGCAGACUCAUAGUCCUCUGGCAUUCCGAUAACAUGAUUGUAAUGCUGAUAUGAUGCAUUUACCGUGCACAAUGGGCAGAUUUCUUAAAACUGCAGUGAUGUCUGUUUUGCCUUUAAUCCUUGCCACCCUUGGUCACAGCCGGGAGGCUUGAUACUCCUGGCAGUUAUUUGCAAAAGGUUCUUGAUUUGGGACCCAAGGGUUCCUGGCGUUAUGAGCUUUACGAUGGGAAGAUGACUCUUGAGAGUUAAAUGGACAGAUACAUAGUGGUGGAUUGUUUUUUUCUGUCAAGAAAGGUUUAAAGUCACGGACAAAGCAUGACAUUUUAUACUUAUAGUGGUUAUCAUAUGUACAGUAUAGUUAUACAGUAUAUUUGACAUGGCGUGGUUAUACUGUAUAAGGGGUCAUUUUUUGCAAUGUUACAGCAGCUUAUAUCAUUGCUUCUGUUUUAGUACGGUGUCUAGAUAGUCGCUUCUGUCCUGUUUCUAACAGGAGCUCAGUGAUGCAGUAGUCCUAGAACUUUUAGCUUUCUGUUUAUUGACAUGGGAAAAAGAAGCCAUACUGUAUGUGCGCUUUAUAUCUGACGUUAUGACUCUGUUUCAGCCCUUUGGAGAGAGCUUGAGAUCACGUGUACUAGACACUUAUUCAAUCCCUCAGCUCUGACUUUGCCACUAAGACCACAAUCUUAUCUCGCUGGUUCUGUAGUAUUUUAAAGGGUAAAUGACGCUGAGCUAAGUGAUGUUUUCUUGAGUGUAAGUAGUGUGUGGAGCAGGUUUGUGCUGUGAAUCCUGCACUCAGAAGGUAAAAAUAUACCAGUUCUUCAGAUGACCACUUCUCUUGUGAUCUUGUGGUGGCUUUAGGCUAGUUGUGCAUGAAAGGCAAAACAUUCUCUUUGCUUAGACUGAAGAUUUUCAGCAUUGGUAAAUGUCAGUGUGCAGAAAUGUUUAGUUUUGCUAGUUUUGUUUCUAAUCGAGGCAGCUAAGGGCGACAGAGAGGUCUUUUUCAAAGAGCUAGCCAUUGGCAAACUGGCCUGUUUUUCUUCCUUUGUUUAGUUCAAUAAUUUUAAUUCUGUGGCAAGAAGGCAAGCUCCUGAGCAGCUUUGAAGUGCAAUUUUCACAUUUUCUAGCUGAAGUGUCAAUGUUUUAAAGUAUGGAAAAGCUUGAAAUAAGCCAGUCCAAGAGCUACAGUACAAAUCCAACCAAAAAACGUUCAAACAAUAAAGUUAAAAGUGUGUCCUAACAUUUGAUUUUUGUGUUACAAUGUGUACAUUAACAUUAAAGAGACUUUUUCCCCUUGUAAUACACAGUUUAUAUCAAUUAUGCCACAAAGCCCAUAGAAAACUUUUAAAUAAGUAAAUGCAAGCUUAAAAUACUGGAAAGCGGAAGAAGGCGUCAUCUUUAUGAUGAAUAAUUCACUACAAUGUGGUUUCAGUGUCUACCUUAUUUGUGAUCAGUUUUGUGUUUUUCCAUGAUACUCUGACAUAUAGAGAGUGGCGAUUCUAUCGAAACCCUUUCCUUGCUGAAAAAGAAUUGAAUUUAAGUUCCUGAAAUUCAAGUGUAUCUUUGUGCUCACUGUAUAAUUGCUUUUUUGACUAACUCCUGCGCAGUGUACAGAAAACGCAGAAAUGAAAUAGGAGCAACUUAAAACUUAGUUGGCUGUACUGUAUGUAGCAGGCAACCAUCAGACUUUAUGCAUAGCUGGUUUCUAGAAAGCACUACAUUCUGUUACUGAUCAUUUUAUUUCUUGAGUACAGUAUAUGAAAAUUUAAUUAUAGAUGGCUUACUAAGAUUAUAGAUUAGACAUUGAUGCAUUUUAUGUCUGUGUGUAAUGUCUUCUUGGGAUGAUCUAAAAUAAGAGAAAAAAACAUUUGUCACUGAUAUUUCUUGUGACUUACCACAAUUUCCUUUUAUUAACCUAAAGGUAUUUAUAUUGUUUAAGAUAUUGUUUGCACUUUUUUCUAAGUGUGCAAUCAGUUUAAUGAGAAAUGGGAAAUUGUGCUUUGCACCUUAUUGAAGGAUAUUAUAGAUUGAUCCUGAUUGUUAGUAUCAUUUUGCAGUGUUAGGAAUUGAACUAAAAGUGCUGUCAAACAAGUCUUCAAUUUAUUUUUAUUGCAGGGCUUCAAAAGCUUGUGACAUUUUUCCAAUUCUUUAGGCUGUCCUUUGCCCUUCCAGUACAGUACUGUAUGAACUAAUUGCACAUUAAUGUGGUUCUGAACAAAAGUAAUUAUGUCAUUUUAAAGGCCUGUAAUAAAUCAGAAAUUUAAAUAAUUUCCUGACCAAAUUUUGGCUACAGUUAAAUGAAUAAAAUUUAGCUUUAGAAAUUAGCCCAAGUUAGGUUGUGGAGAAGCAAAGUAAUUUAAACUGGAUUAGAAAAGAUUGGUCCAAUAAAUGUAGCCUUUAUGCUCAAAGUGGCAUACCAAAUUAUUACAGAACGCCAGCAUGCCACAAUAUGGCUACUGUUGAUCUUAGAUCAUUCCAGGCUUGUUUAUUUUCAUUUCCAGCACUUUUACAAAUUGUAUCUUGUAUCAACAUUAUACAUUAGAAAAAUAACACUGUAUCAUUGGUUUCUUUGUCUUUUUAACGAGAAAUGUAAAGAAUAUAUUCCAUUUAGCCACAGCUAUGUAACAAGCGUUCUGUUUCAUAACCAAGAAGUCAGAAAUUAUCACAAAAUGAAAUCUCAAUUAAUUUUUGAGUGGAAAUGCAAUGUUCUUAGUGUUCAUGCAGUAUUAAUAUUGUUUGAGUCUUAUAAGCUAGAGCUGUAGACUGUGCAUGUAUACUCUUUCAGACUGUCUGUUAUCAAACUCUGAUAGCAUUCAAACCAGCCUUCAUGAAGCAUGUUAAAAACUUAAAAGCCUAAAUUCAGACACCAAGGCUCAGCGAGUCUAGGCCUUUGUGAUUUCUUGGUAGUACUCCAGAUGAUGACAGUUGGUGCCACUUUUUACUUUUGUAAAGGAAAAAUGGAAAAUCAAGUGCCUCAGUUUGUUCAAAUAAUUUUAACAAGUCAGGAGUGACCACAGUAAACAAGUAGUUACUACACACAAGAGUUGUCAUGGCAACCAUAAGUAAGUAAAAGUAAAACUUCUUUCUGCCAUGUCAUUUUAACAUUGAGGUAUUUGACCCUCUCUGUCCCAGUAUGGGUAUGAACUGGAUUACGCUUUAUCUGUAUUCCUAAUUAUUUGUGGGAUAUUGGGAUAAGAAAUCCAGUGUAAUUAUCAGUUUGUGGCAAGAUGACAAAAAAUUUAAAUCAAAAUACCAGUUUGAAUAACUAUGAUAGCACCCACACAACUGUCAGAAUCAUAUCAUUUACUUGUUUUCUUAAUUAGUCCAUUACAAAAGGAAAAAUCUUUUUAAGAGAUGACACUCGAUUCGGGAGAACUGGGAGGUCAGAGGGUUACAACAUAGGUUUGGGUACUGUGGGGGGGUUCAGUUUUUGUAAAUAUACAGCCUGAAUGAUAUGUAACUUUCCCUCCGGACAAACCUGUGCAAUAUUUUAAAAUAAAAAUUAUUAAUAAAACUGA